UUUAUUUUUCCUAACUUCACGACUGUAAGAAGCCUGAUUAAAUAUAGGUUAUAAACCGUGAAGGAAAAUGUUUAACAAUCAAUUAAUAUGCCGGAUAUUCCGGUCUCAGAGGCCUUUGCUCAUCGGCAGGGCGCAAAUGAAUACGUUGGACAUCAAGGAAAUAGAAGAGCAGAAUGCAUUGGAAAUCGAAGGUAAAGAUGAGGAGACGUUGCUCAGGGAGGCUGAAAUUGAGAGGAAACGUAACAAGUCUGGCUUGAGACCGCAGCACAGGAAUCUGGUGCAUGAUACAGUCCCAUAUGAGCAAACGACCCAUUGGGUCCACGACACCCUCAAGUACCAGAGGAAAAUGUUUGGCAGGUAUGGUAAAGAUGCCAAUUUUGACCCAUCCCUCUGCUGGUACACGAAAAAAGAGAUGUCUGCAAAAUUGGAAUUUGAGAAAGUAGCUUACCCAUACAACAUCACUGAGCUGAUGGAAAAGGUGAAAUUGAAUAAGCAAGAGAGGAUAGAUAAAAUUGCUAAGCAGCAAGAAGAUAUAGCCAUGAAGAUCCAGAAACUGGAAACCUGGAAGCAGGAAUUGAAGAAUAAAAUUGAAAAGAAGGAAGCUGAUGCUAGGAACGCCAAGGAACGCAAGGAGAAACUGAUCGAGGAAGUGCGAAGACACUUCGGGUACACCGUGGAUCCGCGCGACGAAAAAUUCAAAGAAAUGUUGGAUAAGAAAGAGAAGGAGCAGAAGAAGGCUAUGAAAGAGGCCAAGAAGAAGGCGAAGGAGGAGAAAUUGAUAAAGACCUUAACAUCGAAACCGGGGGAUUCCAAGAAGUUGACGGAGGAGGAGCAGGAGGCGAUUAAGGAAUGAUCGGCGAAAAUAAAC